AGUUUCCAAUUCCUCAAUUUCUAUUUAUUUCCAAACCAAAUCCCCUCUUUUAUAGUCAAAUUUUACAAAUCGAGCUUCCUCCCCUUCCCACUCUCACCAUUUCCGGCCACCGCGCUUUCAGAUCUAUUGUUUCUGCUGAUUGUUGGAAUUCUAAAUUAUUGCUGCGUUGAGGUGUGUCAGAUGGCUGGGCUUCGACUGUAGUAAUUGGGUUGGGCUCGAGAUUGGUAAUUGAUGGACACAUGGAGUGGCCGAGUGGGUCUAUCCAAAGGGCCGACGAGGAGCCUAUGGAUCCCAAGAGGGAACUUGAAGACCGUUGCAAGGCACCAUGCACAAGGCCACUUAAAGAAUAUCAGGCUUGUUCUAAGAGAAUUCAAGGUGAUGAAUCCGGACACAAACACUGUACGGGACAGUACUUUGACUACUGGCGCUGCGUUGACAAUUGUGUUGCUACCAAGUUAUUUAUGCAUCUGAAAUAACUGUUACAAGACCUCAUCGGUGCACUUUACCAACUUACGCUCGUUUCUAUUGUACCCCUUUUGUUGCGCUCUGGACGCCCGAUUCUUUCCAAGAGCAGGAUGUUCCCUUUUUUGCUAUGCUUUUGGUGUUACUUACCUGAGAUAGUGAGAUAUGGUUUCUCUUUCGAAUAAAAAUGAACUGGAAUAGAAUUUUAUAUGAUUCAGCAUGAAUUUUUUUUUAUCACUUCUGUUGCCAAGUUAAUAAUCGGUAUUUUGUGUUCCUUGUUA